AUGACACUCUACUACACUCUUGUUUUCGCCAUUCUGGUGACGGAGAUGGCCACCUUCCUGCUGCUGGUGGCCCCUCUUCCCGAGAAGAUUCGACGGCAGUUUUUCCUGUCUCUGGCCAAGCUGGAGGUUCUGGACAAGCUGCGGCUGGGCCUCAAGUUCACUUUUGUGUUCAUUCUGAUCCUCUUCAUCGACUCCGUCAACCGAGUGUACCGAGUCUCUGUCGAUCGAUCCACCGGCGAAUACAAGGGCAACCUGGUGGCCACCGAACGAUCCGAGCUCCAGGCCCGAAAGUUCUACAGCCAGCGAAACAUGUACCUGUGCGGAUUCACCCUCUUCCUGUCGCUCAUUCUGAACCGAACCUACUCGCUGGUAAUUGAGCUCAUCAACGCCCGAGACCUCAUCAACGAGCUCAAGGGUUCCUCCAACGCCAAGGUCAAGGCCGAGCUGUCUGCCUCCGACGACGCCAACAAGGAGAUCACUCUGCUCAAGGCUGAGCUGCAGCAGAAGGAUAAGGACAUUGCUGCUCUUAAGUCUCAGUCCGCCAAUCUGUCCACUGAGUACAACCGAAUCAGCGACGAGCUCAACGCUUCCACCGGCAACACCAAGCUGGACAAGAAGACCGCCUAA